AUGAACUAUGAAGGUGCUGAAGGCUUGGAGUUCGGGACUGGAGACACCAAAGUCGAUCCUGCUGUCGCUGCCAGAUGUAAAGUUGUGGCCAUCGAGCGCCACGGUCUCAGUUUUUGGGCCAUGUCGGGAAGGAUUGAUGUCGAGUUAGCAGACGGUACGCCCCGGUCAUUCUUCAUGAAGGUCGUCUCGAAGGAAAGAGGCCAGGCCAUGAUGAAGGGGGAAUUCGAGUCAAUGACUGCGAUCCACAAUGUUGUUCCCGACUUUGUCCCAAAGCCCAUGGCUUGGGGGACGUAUGAAUCGGUGCCCGACACGCACUUCUUCCUGUGCGAGUUCCGAGAGAUGACUGAGGAAUUACCGGAUGUACAUCAGUUUACCGCCUGUCUGGCUGCUCUUCACAAGACGAGCACGUCGCCCACGGGGAAGUUCGGAUUCCACGUCACGACCUAUAACGGGAACUUGUCACAGAAUAACGAGUGGUGCGAUAAUUGGGAAGAAUACUUCACUAAAGGGAUGAGGCACGCCCUCGCGCACGAGAUUGCUGCUCAGGGUCCCAGCGAGGAGAUUGACCGCAUGACUCCGAUCAUCUUCGAUAGAGUGAUUCCUCGACUGCUCCGCCCACUUGAGAGCGAGGGUCGAUCGGUCAAGCCCUCUCUGGUGCAUGGGGACUUGUGGUACGCCAACACGGGGACGGACACAAAUACAAACGGAUCCCUGGUUUUCGAUGCCUGUUGCUUCUAUGGUCAUAACGAAUAUGAGCUGGGCCAGUGGGCACCGGUGUGCAAUCGCUUUGGCCGCGAAUACGUGGAAGCCUACCACUCCCACAUCCGUAUCUCGCCUCCAGCCGAGGAUUACCAGGGUCGAAUUGACCUAUACAAGUUGUGA